GUUGGUUGUUGGGGUGACUCCAUUUCACUCCCAGCGUCCACCGGAGCAGCCAUCAUCUCGAAGUUCAGAGCAAAAUGGCGGAUAAACCAGUGGCCCUGGCCCAGAAGAAGCUCAUGGACGUCAAGCUGGGACAGCUGCCGUCGUGGCUGGGAACGAGAGACUUCACCCCAAAUGGACUUCUUGGCAGUGUUCGUGGAGGAUAUGAGAGAUACUACAACAAAUACAUCAAUGUGAAGAAAGGUGGCAUUGGUGGAGUUGCCAUGUUCCUCGCUGGUUACAUUGCCCUGAGCUACCUCUGGGAAUACGACCACAUCAAGCAUGACAGGUGGAGGAAGUACCACUGAGACCCACCGGACCACCAGGCCACUCAAAUCUUUUGUCUGCAGCAGUGUGAUCCUCACACCUCUCUCUGUUUGUGACUGUUGUGACCAAGAAUAAAAUGACAUUUAUUUAA